CUGAGACGCCCAUAUAUUUCUGUUCGUUGCCAGCUUCUCUGCAGACGAGUCGAAGUGUAUCCGCUCCACUGCUCCAGCACGCCAUGACAACGAAGGAAUACAUUUUGAUCAUUGAAGUGGACCUUGAGUGCGAGAAAUGCUACAAGAAGAUUCAGAAAGUCCUCUGCAAACUCCAGCCGAAGGAGAACAUCAGGAAGAUUGAUUACUACGACAAGAAGAACAUAAUCGCAAUCACGGGGCCUUUCGACCCAGAGAAGCUGUCCAGGAAGCUAAGGUGCAAGGCCUGCGAGGUGAUCAAGGACAUCAAGGUCUACAAGCCUCAUGAAGAGAAGAAGCCCGAGGCCAAGAAACCGGACGAGGAGAAGAAGCCGGAGGAGAAGAAGCCGGAAGAGAAGAAGUCCGACGAGAAGAAGUCCGACGAGAAGAAGACUGACGACAAGAAACCGGCGGACGACAAGAAGUCCGGCGAUAAGAAACCUGCAGAAGACAAGAAAAGUGACGAAAAGGAGAAGCCCAAGGAUGACGCGAAGGCCACGGCCGCCGCCGCGGUGCCGUCGUCGUCGGCCACAACGGUGAACCUGCAGUUCACGAACAUGUGCGUCAUCUGCUACCCGUGGCCGUGCAGCGACCCGGGGCACUUGGGCGUCCACCCACAGCACCCGCCUCAACCUCAGUGGCCGUGCGAAGGGAUGGCGCCGCCGCAGCUGCCCGCCCCGGGCCACCACCAGCACCCGCAACCGCCCUGGGGUGCAGCUCCGAAAUGGGCGCCGUGCGGGGGCCCGUCGUACUGCGGAGGGUGCAGGUCGUGCCACGGCGGCGCCGGCGGCAUGUACGGUUGGGCACCGCCGGCGCCGCAGCCCAUGUGCUGCCCCGGGCCGUCGGCGUGCAGAGGAUGCAAUGGCUGCCGGAUGGUCCGUGAGAGCAAGUUCAGCUACGAAGAGUACCCUCCCAGCGCGUGUGCCAUCAUGUGAAGAUUUUAACUGUGCUUGAAUCUUAGCCCUCUGAAAGUAAAUUUCUUCAUGCAAAUAAGAAGGGUUUUUUUUGUCGUGGUAAUUAGUUUUUUUAAUUUACAUUCACAGUCUCACAGUCUUCUGUUCAUCGGAUGUGUUUGUGUCCAUGAACAAUGUAUGCAUUUUCUGAUUUUCGGUAUCAAAAAGUUUUGCGUAAAUAAGCAGACAAGUUUUUAUUUAUUUAUUUAUUUGAGA